UUUGUGAGCUCUGAUGCUGUUGGUGAUGUCUGUGAGUUGUCAUUCUGUGAACUCUGAUGCUGUUGGUAAUGUCUGUGAGUUGUCACUCUGUGAGCUCUGAUGCUGUUGGUAAUGUCUGUGAGUUGUCACUCUUUGUGAGCUCUGAUGCUGUUGGUAAUGUCUGUGAGUUGUCACUCUGUGAGCUCUGAUGCUGUUGGUGAUGUCUGUGAGUUGUCACUCUUUGUGAGCUCUGAUGCUGUUGGUAAUGUCUGUGAGUUGUCACUCUGUGAGCUCUGAUGCUGUUGGUAAUGUCUGUGAGUUUACCUAGAUGCUCAGAUUAUCUGCCUUAAAAACAUUGCUGUAUUCCAUGGUCAACUGUUCACAGGCAUCAGAUAGCCUAUCAGGCCUCCUCUCCUCUGCCGUGCAUCACAGGUCUUCAGGCAUUGGAAAAGCUGAUAACAUGCUUUGUGUCAAAAGAUUUCUGCUCAAACAGGCAUUUUGUGGGAUUUCCAAGUUCAUUUCAGGCCCCAAGUCUCUGAGAAGGUGGAAUAGGGAGAAUGUCAGAACAAUCCUAAUUUCAAUUCCAGAGAAGAGCAGCGCAACAGGCACCCCCUCACCUGCCUAUGUCAUCACACCAGCAGAUAUAGGAUACAACAGAAGGCUAGGAUCUACAUGAGCCUGCCUCUGUAGGUCACCUCUGCCAUUUUCUGUUCGUAUGGUGUCUCACAGGAUUGUUUUCCAGGUUUGUCUCAGGAGAAAGGUGGAGCCUGAGUAUGAGAGAAGUACCUAGGGAUCUCAAGUCCUCAGCUGGUGGUCUGUCCCUUUGGAUAAUGGGACAAUAGCCUUCUUGGCUACAGACACACUAAAAGAUUACUAUUCCUGAGAACUGAGUCUUCAAACUCAGAAAGCAGAUGAUAGAAAUAGAAUCGAAGGUGUGUGUGUGUGUGUGUGUGUGUGUGUGUGUGUGUGUGUGUGUGUGUAUGCAUGUACAUGCAGUAGUUUAAAGAACACUGGGUAUAUAAAUAAGAGAGCUGGGACUAGAUAUGAAACGUUGCUCUGCCAUUUAGUCACAUGGGUAAAAAAGACUUGGUCACUUAUAUGCUAACAUCUCAGCUUCUGCCUUUCCUCUUUGGCAUGGAACAGCCUAAAACAAUGACUGGCAUGCUGUAUUUUCUUUGUGUCUAAGAUCUGAAAUCAGGAAGGAUAGCUUGUUUUUCAGGAUGUCGGACGUAAAUUAUACUGAAUUCUUCUAGAUCUGAGCAGUUCUCACUCUUCCUGCUAACUGAAUGUGUUCUCUCUCAAAAGCAAGCUUUCUUGUUGGAUAGCUUGGGAGGAGAAAGGCAAAAAGGGCAGUCAAUGAUUGAGGAAUAAAAGUAGACCCUCUCAGCCUAGGCUCCCUCCUCCAUAAAUUUUUUCCUCAUUUAAAGUAUUCAACUCCUCUGCCCCAUAGCUCAUAACGAUUAAUAACUCCCUUGACCCAUUGUAUUUUCCAGCAGGUGGGUCACUUGGAUCUUUGAAAACCACCUUGCUGGCAGAUCCACAAGGGCUGUUAUAUAGAUGCUGAGACUGGGGAUGAAGCUUCAGACAGACAGAAUCACACCUCAGUGGAACAGAGUCAGAUGUCGUCGCAGGGAAGUUUCCACAGCACGUGUAGAAGUUUUGUUCCAGCAGGGCAAGUUUGAUUUUCAAAGGACACGGCUGUACUAUGGUGGGGAAAGUUUCUUUUGGAAACUUGUGGGUAGAUUGGUGACUGUGUCUUGCGGGUGGUGGUGGUGAUGACACUGUGCUAACUAAACAGAAAAGUCUGGAACAAGGAUUGUGUUAUUGUUGCAAAAAGAUUUGCCUCUGAUGUAUUGAAACAGGUGCAGAAAUGCCCUGUGGUUUGUGAUUGUGUUGUGAAUCCAUGUAGCAGUUGGAGAGUUGGUAUUGAUAUUUAGUUAAAUUCUAGUUAUCACAAACUUCUAUAUUCUUCAGAAUGUUGUCUUGCAACUAAUCAGGGCCUUCACCCACCUUUCAUUCUCAUGCUCUUUGUAUUGUGUCUCCUUUGUCGCUGUGUGAUGGAUUCUCAAUUCAGGUGGGGGAAUUAAACCUUUUACAGGAAAAUUAAGACAUUGAAGUAGCUGAGAGGAAAUAAAGCAAGGAAUAACAAUCCACAGAAUAACACACAAAGUUUUUGCGAACAACACAUCACUGUGGCUGUGCUCUGUGCACCCUCCGUGGGCCGAGCAGAGGAGGCUGUACCUGUGGCGAUGGGAGAGAAGGGUCACCCAAGCCGAGUACUGCUGGAGUGCAGUCUCAGUGAUAAGCUGUGUGUUGUCCGAGAGCAACAGUAUGAAGUAAUCAUUGUUCCAGCUCUUCUGGUUGGCGGCUUCCUUAUCCUUCUUGCAAUCAUCCUGUGGCUUUUUAUUAGAGGACAGAGAUCCCAAAGGCAGCGCCCUGGACCCCGGGGUACUGCUUCUGUACCUGCAUCUAGAGACCUAAGCCUGGAUCCAGCAGGACAAGGAGAAAAGGUGCUUGUACCACUUAAGGAGACCUCUGUGGAGAGCUUUCUACGAGCAGCCUUGCCUCGCCUGGCUAAGCUGCAGGUGCCCAGGGAACAACUCUCAGAUGUUCUGGAGAAGAUCCACAGUGGCAGUUUUGGGACCUUCUAUCAUGCCAUGAUGACCACUAGGGACAACCCUAAGCCAAAGAGUGUUGUCCUCAAGGCUUUAGAAGAACCUGCUGGACUCCAGGAGGUCCAGGAUUUCAUAGGGCGAAUCCAAUUCUAUCAGUACCUGGGGAAACACAAGAACCUGGUACAGCUGGAAGGAUGCUGCACAGAAAAGCUGCCACUUUACAUGGUGCUGGAGGAUGUGGUCCCAGGAGACCUGCUCAGCUUUCUCUGGACCUGUCGCAGGGAUGUGAUGACCAUGGAUGGCCUGCUCUAUGAUCUCACAGAAAAACAAAUAUAUCACAUCGGAAAGCAGGUCCUUUUGGCCCUGGAAUUCCUGCAGGAUAAGCAUCUAUUUCAUGGGGAUGUGGCUGCCAGGAACAUCCUGAUCCAAAGCGACCUGACUGUCAAACUCUGCCGACUGGGCCUGGCUUAUGAAGUCCACACCCAAGGAACCAUCUCCUCUGCUCGAACCAGCACUGUGCCUCUCAAGUGGCUUGCUCCAGAACGGCUUCUCCUGAGACCUGCCAGCAUCAGAGGAGACAUCUGGUCCUUUGGGAUCCUGCUUUAUGAGAUGGUGACUCUAGGGGCACCACCAUACCCUGAAGUCCCUCCCACCAGCAUUCUACAGUAUCUUCAGAGAAGGAAAAUCAUGAAGAGACCCAGCAGCUGCACACAUGCCAUGUACAACAUCAUGAAAUGCUGUUGGCAAUGGAGUGAGAACAGCCGUCCCUUACCUGGAGAGCUACGCUUGCGCCUAGAAGCAGCGUCUAGAUCUGCGAAUGACAAGGCUGUGUUGCAAGUGCCAGAGUUAGUGGUGCCUGAACUGUAUGCAGAUGUGGCUGGCAUCAGUGCAGAGAGCCUUUCCUACAGCUACAGUGUCCUUUGAAGAUGCCCCCAGACAAGUGCUUGAAUUAAGUUCCUUCAAGAACAGAGGGAAGGAACCUUCUAUGGGCCACAAAGGGAAAAAAAGGACAUGGAUCCCACAUCUUCCCCUAUACAUUUUCCGGAAAUAUGAAAUGCUGCUGGAUGAGGCUCUACCUCUACACACCAUGUACUCAAGACUCACCAUCAGUUUGUCUGCUCCCCAAUUCCGAGGGCCUGAGCACAAGUGGUGGACAGUGUCAUUCCAAAGGAGGUUUUUAAAAUCUUCAAUAAUUGUUGGGGGAUAGGGUAAAAGGGCUGGUCCCACCCACCCCAGGCUGGUUUUCAACUAAAAGGUUUUUUUUUUUUUUAUCUAAACUAUUACAGAGUAUAAAUAAAUCUGAAUGGCAUGAAUGAAUAGGAACACAAUAUAGGAAUUCAUGAGAAAGAAAAUUCAAGGUUCUUUUUUUCUGAGAAGUAUAAGGGGAAUCAAGAUCUCCUUUAAGAAGAGAUUUUCUUUCUUCUACAUUCAGGGGACAUAAAAGUUGUUCAGUCCUCAUCCCUUCAUGAAGAGUUGGAGAAGAACUAUGAAAAAUAAUACUGAAUUUUUCCUUGACUAUAGAUUGAACUUUUAUUGAACUCUUUUAUUGAACUCUGAGACAGGUGGACCCUGUUUGAUACUACAUUCAAUUAGAUGCAGGAGUCAUUUCAUAAUUAAGAACAUUGUUCAUGACAUUUGCUUGCUAGUCCUGUUAGACUAAGGAGAAUAAGUCUAAAGAACCAAAGUUAGAUCUAGUGAUGGUGUGUGUAUGUGCAAGAGAGAGAGAAAGAGAGAGAGAGAGAGUGUGCACGCACGUGCGCCCAAUGAGUUGGAAGCAUGGAGACCAAGCAAGAAGAUUUACUAACCCAGGUGGUCAUUAAGAGGUGCCAAAGAAGUAAUCUGAUAGGGAUGGGUGGUAACCUCUAAUUUUCAACCAUCCACUGAAACACUGUGAAAUAACCCGUUAAAUUAGUAUUUAUUGACUAGAAGUAGACUUUUCUGGUGUAUAGCUGUCACAAUAUCUACAAUGGGGAAUAGAAAAGAAAAUAAGUGGGAAAUAAUUUUAAUAGAAAAAUUGAAGAACAUACAUUGUCCAAAAACAGAUUCUUUGUGUGUAAAAUGAGAAGACUAUCUACCUCACAGAGUGGUGUGAGGGUCAAUGAGAAUAUGUAUUUGUAUAAUAUGUGGCAUAUAAUUUGUGCUCAAUAAAUGUUAGUUUCUUUUUUUCCCCCUAA